CUACAAUAACUUUGUGUCCACCACUACCUUCUAAAUGAUUUCUCCCUCACUUGGAGUGUGUUUGUGUCUCCACCCACAAAUCAAAUAAAGUCUCAUAAACAUUGAUCUAUAAAUAUGGAAUAGAUUCAGAACUAGCCUUUUAACCCUAAGUGAAGUGCAAAAAUGGCAGCUAAUGUUUUUCAUCUAAUUGUCACUCUUCUAGCUUUCUCAAACCUUCUGUACAUGGCUGAUGCUAUCUUGAUAUCUGGGAAGAUUCAUAGACAUUUGUUGAACGAGAAAGAAGAAAUCAUGGCAUCUGGGGACACCAAGAACCAGAUGAUGGAUAUUGAAGAAACUGCAUUUCUGGAAGAUGAAUUCAUGAGUGAGAGGAUGGAUUUGGAGAAAAACGAUUAUCCAGGACCAGGAGCAAACAAAAAUCACACUCCAAAACCACCCCAACGUGAUUGAGAUUGAUCAAAGAUUUUAAAAUUUUAUGGGUGUUUUUUCAUGACCUAAUUAGGGUUUCAACUGUGCUUUCAAAAAGUAAUGUUUGAAGUAAGGGUUUCAAAAUGAUGGCGUUUUAUGGUGACAUCUUAUUAGUGGUUUCCGUGGCUUGUGGCAUGUGUGUGUAUAUCAACUAUCAAGAAUCUUGUAAGAAGGUAUCAUUUUAUAUAUGAAUAAAUUUAUAUAUUUUGUUGUAAAAGGAU